GUGGAUUUCUAGGAGUUUGAAAGGAGUUCCCUAUUUGUAUGUGAGCAACACGAAAACCUGCACUUUGCCGAGCCCGAAUUCACCAAAAAAAGGGAAAAGCAGUACAGCAGCAGCAACAGCAGCAGCAACAGCAGCAGUCUUUUGUUCUAUUCUCCGAUUCGCUCGAUUGCAAUUGACGACCAUCACAAUAACCUGGUCGCUCGCUUCUUCCAGCAGAUCAUCGCGGGACACGACGACACAUCACAAUGCCUUCGCAAAGAUCGCCACUCCAAUGGCUCUGCAGCCUCCUCUUCCUCAUCGGAGCUGCCAGCGCUCUCAAGUUUGAGCUUGCCGCCCACAGCGGCCACGAGAACCACAACAAGGAGCGCUGCAUCCGCAACUUUGUCCAGACAGACACGCUCGUCGUUGUCAAGUCGAUUGUUGGCGGCCACAAGGGCGACGGCAUGAUGAUUAACAUUGCCGUCCGCGAUACCCUCGGCAACGAAUACGGCCGCGCCAGAGACGUUGUUGGCGAGUCCAAGACCAUCUUUACUUCCCACGCUGACGCUGCCUUUGAUGUCUGCUACGAGAACCUCCUGUCUGGUUCCCGCCACCCUACCCCUUCCACCCGUGACAUCGAGCUCGACAUCGACAUUGGCGCCGACGCCAAGGACUGGUCCGCCAUCCAGGCCGACGAGAAGCUCAAGCCCGUCGAGGCCGACCUGCGCCGCAUCGAGGAACUUACCGGCGAAAUCGUCCACGAGAUGGAAUACCUCCGCCAGCGUGAACAGAAGCUCCGUGACACCAACGAGAGCACCAACAGCCGUGUCAAGUGGUUCGGUGUCCUUACUACCUGGCUGCUCGUCGGUCUCUGGGCCUGGCAGAUCAUGUACCUCCGCGCCUACUUCCGCUCCAAGCACUUGAUCUAAGCAGACUGACUUCUUUCUUGGUUUUGGCGGUUUACAAAAAUACGGGACGAAGUGGGGUGUAGAACUACUUGACUUUGGUGCGCUUUUUCUCACGCGACAUUUUGGGCGUUUUUUUUCCUUCAAGUACAACAAGACGAGGGGAUCCUUGUUCACCUGACGAUCUGGAUGAAUGAAGAGUAGCUGGCCGCUCUCGGUGCGUUAAUGGAGAGUCGGCAUGCAAAGGAAGAAAACGGGGAGAAACUAGGUCAAAAUGGCAUGCAUGCAUACAUGGGUUUGAAAUGACUAUCAAGACGGGGGCGAGCUGGGAAGGGAAUCCAAAUAAAUACAUAAUCAACUGUCGAUGUAGCGGGCUGCUGCUAUACUAAGACUUAUCUAACUGACUGAGCUGUUGAUAUGUACGGCAGCAGCUCGGGGUGUGUUAAUACUUGAAAAAAAUUUUGC